CCCAAAGAUCCCGGAUUGCAAGGACCUUGCACACGGCGUAGCAUGAAUAAAACAAAACUUCCUGCUAAAUAGUGGUCGAACAGACAAAGCGGUGUGGAUUCAGUACGAAGAUAUUCGACUAAAGCAAAAAUACAUUACACCAAUGUUAGAUCAGGGCUCUAUGGCCAGGGCACACCGAGAGGAGGCUAAAGGGGGCGGCCGGUGGCUGAAAAUGAGUGUCCGGACAGCCUCCCCAGACGAAGAGAGUGAAGAUAUGUCAGGAGGACGUGGCUCAGCAGACAUGGAUGACUUGCAGGACCUGCCUGAACUGCCGAUCAAGAAGGCAAGGCAUGAGCUCAACGUUGGACUGGAUAAAGAGCCACGGGGAUUGGGUGGUGAUGACCAGAGCCCCCCUACUCUCUUGGGCUCAGGAGAUCAGGAUGACUCCUUCUCCUCCUUGUCUAAUGCCCAGCUUGAUGGAGGGAGCAGGGACCAGUCUGGUUCAGACAGAGGAGGAGCAGGGCCUCAGGCUUGUGACGAGUCCAUGAACCCCUACACACACACUGCGGUGACCUGCAAAGAGCUCACCAUGACAACAGCCUCUGAAUAUAACUCCCACAUCUACCAUGGAAGCAGCCCAGCCGUCACGUCGUACAGCAGCCAGGUGGCCUUCCCUCCUCUGACCCAGUCCACUGUGUACACCGCCUUCCCCCAGGCAGGACAGACCUACGGCCUCCCACCAUUCGGUGCUAUGUGGCCAGGCGUUAAGACAGAGACAGGGCUGCCUGAUGCAGUGCCUUCUGUUGGCCAGCCUGGGUUUCUCAGCUUCAGCUCUGCAUAUACCUCAACCCAGCCAGGCCAGGUGCACUAUUCAUACCCCAGCCAAGGCUCCAGUUUCACUACAUCCAGUGUGUACACUAACAUCCCCUCAGCUACCACGGCUACACCUACAGUGACUCACCAGGAGUUCAGCAGCUAUAACUCUCUGGGCCAGGCCCAGUUCCCUCAGUACUAUGCCCCGCCUCCUAGCUACUUGCUCGCCGGCCAGCCCAAUAGCGAAGGGAAUGGAUCCGGUGUGGGUGUGGCUGGCUAUCCAGCCAUCAAGACGGAGGGCAGUGCCUCCGCUGGACUGCCCAGCACUACAGACGCAUCUCCACGUGAGAACCUCCCGACCGGAGUGGCCCUCCCGGCAGGCGUGGCUCUCCCCACGGGGGCCCGGGACCAGGAUGAGGCAGGGAGGAGGAACCCUGCUGGCAAGGCCAAGGGGAAGGCCAAGAAAUCAGACAGCAACCAGCCCACUGACAACGACCUUGAGAGAAUCUUUCUCUGGGAUCUGGAUGAGACAAUCAUCAUUUUCCACUCUCUGCUCACCGGCUCCUUCGCUCAGAAGUUUGGCAAGGACCCUGCCACAGUACUGAACCUGGGUCUUCAGAUGGAGGAGCUGAUCUUUGAGCUGGCAGACACACACCUGUUUUUCAAUGACCUGGAGGAGUGUGACCAGGUCCAUGUUGAAGACAUGGCUUCUGAUGACAAUGGACAGGAUCUGAGCACCUAUAACUUCCUGGCGGACGGCUUCAACGGCCCCAGUGGUGGAGGGGCCCCAGGGGCCACUACUGGAGUCCAGGGUGGAGUGGAGUGGAUGAGGAAACUGGCCUUCCGCUACCGUCGUCUAAAGGACCUCUACAACGGAUACAAAUGCAAUGUGGGAGGCCUGCUGAGUCCCAUGAAGAGGGAGCUGCUCCUUCGACUGCAGUCUGAGAUGGAAAAUGUGACGGACGCCUGGCUCAGUACGGCACUCAAAUCCUUGCUGCUCAUCCAGUCCAGGUCAGCACAAGGUAAGUGUAUGAAUGUCCUGGUGACGACCACCCAGCUGGUGCCUGCUCUGGCCAAGGUGCUGCUCUACGGCCUGGGGGACGUCUUCCCCAUAGAGAACAUCUACAGUGCCACCAAGAUAGGGAAAGAGAGCUGCUUUGAGCGCAUCGUCUCUCGCUUUGGGAAGAAGGUGACCUAUGUGGUGGUAGGAGAUGGCCGUGAUGAGGAAUUUGCAGCAAAACAGCACAACAUGCCUUUCUGGCGUAUCUCCACCCACGGGGACCUAGUAUCCCUGCACCAAGCUCUGGAGCUAGACUUCUUGUAGAGCGGAAGGGAUAGAGGUCUGACACAGAGGGAAACAGUCAGUCACACCACUGUUCGCUUGUGGAGUGACUUAUUUUCUUUAUUAUUAUUAGGUACUUGGCUCCACCCCAGCCCUCUGAAAUACACACACACACCUGCUGGCCCUAGUGAGUUACUCUUGCCCCAGUGUGAUGGCCAUGGACUGAACUGAGGUGGACUUGGGGAUGGCAGUGGUUGGGAAGCAGACUGGACAGAUAUACUCUCUGAUGCAGGGCUCCUGCCCAGCAGCACUCUCCCUAUGGCAGCUAUCCUGGCACUGGGGCACAGCUGUCAGAGAGGACACAACUAAAGGGAAGAAGACAAACCUCUGGCUCCACAACUCACAGGCUGUUGUUCCUCUGGGUUCAUCCCAAAUGACACCCUAUUCCCUAUGCAGUGCACUACUUUUGACUAAGUAGUGACUAUAUAUGGAAAAGGGUGCCAUUUGGGAUGCACACUGUCUCAUUCGUGGAUUGACCAAAGCAAAGGUCUGCAGCACUGUCGGGCAUCACGGACGGACGCUUUGGAUUGUUUUAGAGCCCUCGGUAGCUAUACAUGAAAGGAUAAUGUCACAAAAUGAAUUAUUUUUCUAAUUUUGGGGUUAUUUUGCACUCAUUCCAAAGCUUGAAAACAGGAUUCAAUGUUACUGAGGCAGCAUUGAUUGGGGUUGGGAAUUGUUUUAGUUUUUCUAAGCAUAUGAUGAGAUGGCUACUUAGGAAUGACCUUCAAUUGCCUUCUGGAUGUAACCUUUCUACUAGUUAUACUCUAGUACUGACAAUGUCCUCCAUGGAGAUAGAAUGUUGUGCUCAUUAUAAAACCACCCUUCUCUCAGCUGUCCCGACCUCUCCACUGUGUCAGACUUCAACAGCCUAACAGUCUUCUGUGGUCAUUUUACAUAAACUGAUGUGUGGCAAAGACAAUGACUCAAUGAAGAACCUAGCCUGUAUUUCACUGCAUGAUAUCUAUGGACCCCAGGUUGCUCUAUAUUAUUACCUAAGAUAAGCCAAACCAGGCCUUUCUGUAAAUUAACUUUAAAAGACUAAGGAUGGGCCUUCAAAACAAUGUGUAAUUUCUUCAGCAUUGUACUGAAGUUCAAUGUGUGUACAUGUAUAAAUAACCUUUUAGAAGCUGUCCCCACUGGGCUAACUGUUCCUCCGAGCACAGCCCUAAGUGUCCUUGAAUUCCUGCAAAGGGACUUAAACUUGACAAAUAGCAUUUAAAAGCAGUUUGCUGAAAGGAAUGGCAAAUGGCACAAUCCAAUCACAUGUUGUUUAAGAUACAGUGCAAUUGUUGUUAUUGUUCAAUACUGGAAAUUAUGUUAGACCAAGUCACAGGAGGUUUGUCUGGUCAAUCUGGUCCUGAUUACCUCACAUGGCAGAUAUUUUCCAUCAAAGAUCAACUGCUUGAGUCAUUGAUAAAUGGAAAUGUGUGUAGGUCGCAAUUGUAAAAUCAAUCUUUAGCUGAUUUGCAUGGUGCGGGUCACACAAACCCAGAUACCAUUAUUUCAAUGUGGUGGGUAACUUACCAAAAAUAUGUGUUGAUUUAUUUCCCAAGUGUUUCCCACAUUUUCCAAAUACCACAGAUGUUCCUAUCGUCACAUUUUGAAUAGAGAAACAGCAGCAUACAAAGAUAUGUCCCCAAGUUGGUAAUUCAUCUGUGAACUAGCUGGGGUGCCCAAAAAAUAUACAGCCGCUGUCUGUUUGCAGUGUAGUCAGUCGAUCUACCCUCAUCAUUAUACAUAUUGGGAGGGGGGGAUGACAGGGAUGACCGUGCAAUACAUUUCUCGUCAGUGGUAACGGUAUGCCUGUUAUUAACUGGUCUAUAUUUCAAGGGACAUUUUGUUGCCGCAUGUAGCUAGCUGGUCAAGAGAGGUGGUUAGAGGGUUGAUAUUAUUAAACCUUGGUCUGUGUGAGAUUAUGACUAAACAAUACUGAGCCUGAAGAAGAUUUGGCAAAUUUACACACCCCUGCAGCUUGACCGUUAAGAAUGUGUUCUUUGUGUAUUUGUUUGCAUCUUUCUAGAGUGUCUUGUACAUAUUUGUAUUGUGCCUUUUUAGCCAUCUAUAUUGUAUAUGAAUAUAUCAUCUCUAAGGGAAAUACUUAAGUUGUGUUAAAUGCAUUUAUCAAACAUGGUUGUUGUUACACUUUAGUUUAAGUGUUAUUUUACUACUCAUAUCUUUUUUUUUUUACCGUCAUUAAUCGGUGCUGAAAUCUUUUAUUUGUAACUCAGUAGCACUGAAAAGCUUACUGUAUGUGAAUAAUGUCUUUUUUUCCUUUUGAAUCAGUUUUAUUUUCUUGUUUUGAUUGUCCUGCCGAUGACAAAUGUUACAGCGGAAAUUCUCUCCUUUUAAAGACGAUUCGCAGCUUUGUUCACCAAGUCAUCGCAUCCUUCCCUUUGUUGAAAACUGAAUCCCAAUGCUGUCAUGUAGCAUUUCUGAGUCGCUGUGACUGGCUUUUACCGCUUAGACAAUCAAAUCUGUAUCACAUGGUACUUGAAUGGUGCCCAGAUCCACCACCUACGGUGAAGCAUGUACAUAGACUUGCAGUAUGUUUGGUGUAUGUUCUCCUAAAACAGUACAUGUUACUACCUAAUGGAGUUGAGAGGAAAUGGAUGCAUUGUAAAAUGAUGAAUUAGAUCCUUUAGAAUGGAAGGGUGUCAUGGACAUGGCAUUUUGUGAAGUUGACACACAUUUGGAAGUCAGCAUACCCAAACCCAAAUCCCUUUUAUUGUUUUGUUUUUUAUUGUUGAACUGUUCAUUAGAUCAUCUUUAGUUUUGUUUGCCUUUCACCCUUUUGAUUGGUAUGAUUUAGUUUAUCUUAGGUGUUUACGGUGCAUGUAUUUCUAUCAGUGAAGGUUUCUGAUUUAAAGUACUCUGUUGCUAAACAAGUUGAUUGUUACAAAAAAAAGCUGUGUCUGCUUUUUACAUUUCCCUUAGUUUUUAGUCUUCAACACAAAUCCAUGUACAAUUUUAUAAGUGCAUUUUGACAAGUCUCUGUUGGCUGUCAUGUAGUUAUUUACAUUUCAAAUGCAAGGAGCUAUGAAGGCACAGCUUUGUAGGGACAUAUCUGGCUCAACUUGAUCAUGUUAUUUCUUGAAUACUCAGCUAGUGUGACGAUCUUCUGUAGAAAAAAAGCCUUGACGAUAAAACAUGUAAGGGAUGUGUUUUCCCACCCCACUUUUUUUGUCUGGGACCAGAACACUGUUGAAGGCCCAAUAAGGUUGUCCUGUGUAUAAUAACACUCAAGGCAAUUGUAAAUACAAAUAAAAUGACUUUGCAAGUG